GGUUUUCUGAAAAAUGUUCCUUGAGAAGAUAAAUCAAAAAACCGGCGAACGAGAAUGGGUUGUGGCUGAAGAGGAUUAUGAUAUGGCUCAGGAACUUGCCAGAAGUCGAUUUGGAGAUAUGAUUCUGGAUUUUGAUAGAAAUGACAAGUUCCUCGCAGGAUUAAAAACUACGAUUGCUGAGAAAAAACAUGAAAAUACAGAUGGGAAAGUUCAUGUUUUAGAUAUUGGUACUGGAACUGGACUUCUUUCACUAAUGGCUGCUCGAGAAGGAGCUGAUAAAGUGACUGCAUUGGAAGUUUUCAAACCAAUGGGAGAUUGUGCAAGACAUAUAACAAGCAAUAGUCCAUGGUCAGAUAAGAUUACUGUAAUUUCUGAGAGAUCUACUGAUGUUUCACAAAUUGGUGGUUCACGUGCAGAUAUCAUUGUAGCAGAGGUAUUUGACACAGAAUUAAUUGGAGAAGGAGCUCUGAGAACAUUCAAAGAAGCUCUUGAAAGACUUGCGAAACCAGGAUGUCGAGUUGUUCCAUCAACUGGAAAUGUGUAUAUUGUUCCUGUGGAGAGCCAUCUGUUAAAAAUGUUCAAUGAUAUUCCUAGGCUAAAUGGAGAAAAAGAUGAAGAACCCCUGGGAAGAUGUUCUGGAACUGCGGCUGUAUUCGAUGUUCAACUAUCUGAAAUGAAAACCCACGAAUUUCGAGAACUAUCCGAGCCGAUCGUUGCCUUCAAAUUUGAUUUCGAACACGAAGAGAAAAUAAUUUUCGAUGAGUCUUUUGUUCGUGAAGCAGUUGCUCAUUCAUCUGGAACUAUUGAUGCAUUACUUAUGUGGUGGGAUAUUGAUAUGGAUAGGAAUGGUACAACAUUCAUUGAUAUGGGACCAAAAUGGAAGAAUAAAAAUAACUAUGCAUGGAGGGAUCACUGGAUGCAAGCUGUCUACUAUCUUCCAGAAAAAAAGAAAGUAGAGAUGAAUCAAACAUUUGAAAUAGUAUGCAAUCAUGAUGAAUUCAGCUUAUGGUUCAGCAAUGUUGGGAAAGAUAAAUCCAGAAGCUAUUGUGUAUGUGGAUUACAUUCAAUGCUUAGCCGUCAAACAGUUUAUCAUGUCAAUGAAAUGUUUGAAAAUCAGAAAUUCAAAGAUGAAGUCGACAAGCUAUCUAAAGGUCUCCACGUGGCAACAGUUGGAGAAGGGUCGUUCUUAGGUCUUUUGGCAGCAAAGACAGCUAAAAGAGUGACUAUUAUCGAUGGAAAUGAACGAUUUCGCGAUAUUUUCUUCAAGUACAUCCACUACUACAAACUCACGAACGUAGAAAUCAUCGAAAAAGUGACGUCACUCACCGAUUCACCAGAUAUCGUUCUCGCUGAGCCAUUCUACAUGUCUGCUAUGAAUCCAUGGAAUCAUUUGAGGUUUUUGUAUGAUGUGGAAGUGCUGAAAAUGAUGCAUGGAGAUGAAUUAAGAGUGGAACCACAUAUGGGAGUACUGAAAGCCAUACCCGAAAAAUUCGAAGAUCUUCAAAAUAUUGCAUCAGAUGUUGGAACAGUGAAUGGUUUCGAUCUAUCAUUUUUCGAUGAAAUUUCCACAAAAGCACGUACAGCAACUGAUGCCAUUGUUGACGAACAAUCGUUAUGGGAAUAUGCAGGAAUUGUGAAAGGGGAUGCUGUUGAAAUUCUAAGAUUUCCGAUUGAUGGACGUGUUUCAAGUCAAAAAUGCGUAGUGAAUAUUGAUAACAUGAGUUCCUCUAACGCAAUUCCAAUGUGGAUGGAAUGGGAAUUUGGCGGAAUCAAUCUAUCAACUGGACUUUUGUCAAUAUCUUCUGCAGGAGUUCCAGAAUGGAAUAAGGGAUACAAGCAAGGUGUCUAUUUUCCUAUCACUGCACUUCGGAAUGAUAAAUCCCUCUGUCUACAUGCACUUUUCGAUAAAUCAACAGGAGAUAUUAAUUUUCAGUUUGGCAAAUCGGAAGACUCUUAACAUUAUUUUCAAUGUUUUGUUAUUUUUACUUUUAUUUGUUCCUGAUAAUUGUUUCUAAUACAUUUCUUU